AUGGUGGACAAGGAUAAAUGGGCUCUUGCUUAUGAUGAAGGGGGGAAGCGAUACGGUAUCAUGACCACGAACAAUGCUGAGUCAUUAAAUAAUAUUUUUAGGGGUAUUCGGUCAAGACCUGUUGCAGGCAUUGUAGAGUACUCCUUCGAGAAGUUGAAUGAGUACUUCGUCAAUAGAUGGGGUAAAGGCAGGAGUUUGUUGGAUAAGGGUGGACAAUGGGGACUAAUAGCGGAGGAACACCUGAAGGAUGCUGAGGAUAGAUCGGUGAACCAGCUUGCAGCGCCUUACGGCCCUGAAAGAAUGAUUUAUAGUGUUAGAGGUGCAGUUUUGAUUCAUCAUUGCAGGAUGCCGCACCCCACGUUCCCCCUACUGGAGACGUUCUACGACUCCAAGCACCGAGCACACGUCCUAGUUGACCGUGCCGAGGUGUUGGCGCCCCUCCGCGCACGUACCCACUCCCCCCUUCGGUGGGAUGAGCGGUAUGUGCCGUUCCUUCGCCGGGCUGGGAUGCUUCCUCUUGCUCGAGUGGUGUGUGCGGGCCUCCCAGCGAUGGAUGCGCCUCUGCUAACUACUUUUGUGGACCGUUGGAGGCCAGAGACACAUUGUUUUCAUUUACCUUGCGGGGAGGUCACCAUCACCUUGCAAGAUGUGGCGAUGAUUCUUGGGCUGCCUUUAGAGGGAAUAGCAGUGACCGGCAUUAUACAGAAUGAUGGCUGGAGAGAUAUGGUAGAAGCACUGAUUGGGAUUCGGCCUCCAGAACCACCUGAGGGGGUCAAGGACAGGAAGACCUCAGGGGUUAGCUCGGCUUGGUUGAGGCAGAAUUUUAACCAUUGUCCUCAAGGAGCACCGCAGGGGCCGUGGCCACACCAUGAUGAGGAGUCCAGGCCCACCAUUGUUUACUGCUGGAAGAACGUGGGAGCUGUAAGAGGGGAUCCUGCACGCCACUACAUGCGUUACAUGGACGACCUUGACUGCCUCACUCAAAAUCAGGUUAUAACCUUCAUACCGUUCGGAAAAUAA